AUGUCCUCUGUAAUUUCUCGCCCCACCGUCAGCAUCGACCGGCUCACUCCCCGCCGAGUCACUGCCGAACCGCGCGAGUCCAUGAACUGCAAAUCCUGUCGAAAGCGAAAGAUCAAAUGCAAUCGCAUGCGUCCCAGCUGUGAAGCAUGCAAGGUCUUCCAAUGCCCAUGCAUCUACGAUGCCGUCCCCAAAAAACGCGGCCCCAAAACAGACGUCCUCGAAGCCCUGCUCAAGCGCGUCGACGGUCUCGAGAAACGUCUCCAGGACGAAAACAAAAAUCCCAUCUCGCCCACCUCCCCCGUCGACCCCGACAAGGAGCCUCCUGACCCGUCGCCGUCGGCCUCGCUGAACGCCAUCGCUCGUGCAUCCACGACCACCAUUCCCCCGUCCGAACCCUUUCCACGACCAUUUUCCUUCGCCUCGCAGCCGUCGCCUCCCGUUCAUCAUUUUGCCUUGCCGGAUUCCGUCUUGGAUGCGUACUUUGCCCGCAUCCAUGGCAAACCCUACUUCAUCCUCGACGAGUCGGUGACUCGUCAGCGUCAUCAGAUGGGUCAAUUGCCUGUCGCGUUGUCGAUGGCCAUCUACGCUAUGACUUUGCGAUAUACGAGCUCGCCCAACACCCCCGAGCAGUCCCUGCGCAUGGCCCUGGAUUACGCCCUGCAGGCCCGACGCAUCGUGGAUGUCGAUCAACCGUCUAUGGAUGGGCUGCAGGCCCUGCUUCUCCUCUCGCAGACAUACUUUGCCCAUGGUCUAGGCAAAAAGGCUUAUAUGACUUUCACCAACUGUGCCUCCAUGGCCAUCGCUCUCGAUCUCUAUCGCGAGGCCCCCAAGAGUCUGCCCGCGGCGGAACGCGAGAUGCGCCGCCGGCUCUUCUGGGCCGUCUACAUCAUGGACCGCUUCCUGACCUGCGGCUCGAAACGGCCCGGCCUCAUCGCCGACCACUCCAUCGUCCUGCGGCUCCCCUGCUGGUCCCCCCAUGCGGCCGGUCUCAAUGUCGAGGGCGAGCUCUUCAACACCGUCGGCCCCAACAUCCAGUACUCGAGCGACCCGCGCCGCAAACCCGGGGCCGCCGCCCUCCUCAUCGACAUCACCCGCAUCCUGGGGAUCACCAACCGCUACCUGGCCGCCGGCGGCGUCAAGGGCGACUCGCACUUCCCCUGGCACUCGCUGUCCAACCUCUCCAAGAUCCGGCAGGAACUGGACAUCUGGGCCACCGGCACCCAGGACGUCUUCGCCUCCGUGGAAGCGCUGUUCGGCCAUCCCGAGAGCUCGAUCCUGCUGCUGAGCAAGCUCCUCUACCACCUCGUGCACUGUCUGAUCUACCGCCCGUUCCUGCCGAUCGACCUGGUCGAGCUGCGCGGCACCGACCAGCACCAGUCCUGGCAGAUCGAGGCCACCAACCUGUGCUUCUCCCACUCCAACGCCAUCGCCGAGCUCGUCGAGCUGGCGCGCAAUUCCCCCCUGAUCGAAUGGCCCGCCUUUGUCGGCUACUGCGUCUGCACCGCGGGCACGGUCCACGUGCACGGCGUGCACUACAAGGGCCGCGAGGGCGAGGUCUUCUCGUCCAGUGCCGAGUUCCUCACCCGCGAGAUGCACCAGCUGACCUGGCUGGGCUCCUACUGGGCCGGCGUCCAGCAUCAGCGCGAGAUGCUGCAGACCGUCUACACCUGCCACGCCGACCUGGUCCGCACGCUGGCGACCAGUCCCAUGCGCUUUUCGCCCGUCUUUCAUCUGGAAGACUUCCUGGACCGGUAUCCCGGUCUGACGGCCGACGGGUCGCACGUGCGCCUGGUCGAUCUGGAUGAUAU